CUCUGUUGCCGGUGGAGGUGAUCAUGGCCUCCAUGUUGCUCACCCGGCGGCUGGCCUGCAGCUUCCAGCACAACUACCGCCUGCUGGUGCCCGGAUCCAGACACAUCGGUCAGGCCGCAGCCAAAGUCGACGUUGAAUUUGAUUAUGAUGGGCCUUUGAUGAAGACGGAAGUCCCAGGGCCUAGAUCUCUGGAGUUAAUGAAACAGCUGAAUCUAAUUCAGAAUGCAGAAGCUGUGCACUUUUUCUGCAAUUACGAAGAGAGCCGAGGCAAUUACCUGGUGGACGUGGAUGGCAACCGGAUGUUGGAUCUUUAUUCCCAGAUCUCCUCUGUCCCCAUAGGUUACAACCAUCCUGCUCUCAUGAAACUCAUCCAACAGCCUCAAAAUGUGAGCACAUUCAUCAACAGACCUGCCCUCGGAGUCUUUCCUCCUGAGAACUUUGUGGAGAAGCUCCGGGAGUCCCUGCUCUCAGUGGCUCCUAAAGGGAUGUCCCAGCUCAUCACGAUGGCCUGCGGCUCCUGCUCCAACGAAAACGCCUUCAAGACCAUCUUCAUGUGGUACCGGAGCAAGGAAAGGGGCCAAUCGGGUUUCUCCAAAGAGGAGCUGGAGACGUGCAUGAUCAACCAGGCCCCCGGGUGCCCCGACUACAGCAUCCUUUCCUUCAUGGGUGCCUUCCAUGGGAGGACCAUGGGUUGCUUAGCGACCACGCACUCCAAAGCUAUUCACAAGAUCGACAUCCCUUCCUUCGACUGGCCCAUUGCACCAUUCCCACGGCUGAAGUAUCCUCUGGAAGAGUUUGUGAAAGAGAACCAACAAGAAGAGGCCCGUUGUCUAGAAGAGGUGGAGGACCUGAUCGUGAAAUACCGGAAGAAGAAGAAGACGGUGGCCGGAGUCAUCGUGGAGCCCAUCCAGUCUGAGGGUGGAGACAACCACGCGUCAGACGACUUCUUCCGGAAGCUGAGGGACAUCUCCAGGAAGCACGGCUGUGCCUUCUUGGUGGAUGAGGUCCAGACUGGAGGAGGCUGCACCGGCAAGUUCUGGGCCCACGAGCACUGGGGCUUGGAUGACCCAGCGGACGUGAUGACCUUCAGCAAGAAGAUGAUGACCGGGGGCUUCUUCCACAAGGAGGAGUUGAGGCCCAACGCUCCUUACCGGAUCUUCAACACGUGGCUGGGGGACCCGUCCAAGAACCUGCUGCUGGCCGAGGUCAUCAACGUCAUCAAGCGGGAGGGCCUGCUGAGUAACGCGGCCCAUGCUGGGAAGGUCCUGCUCACGGGACUGCUGGACCUCCAGGCCCGGUACCCCCAGCUCAUCAGCAGAGUGAGAGGACGAGGCACCUUCUGCUCCUUCGACACGCCAGAUGAAUCCAUACGGAAUAAACUCAUUUCAGUAGCCAGAAACAAAGGCCUGAUGCUGGGGGGCUGCGGCGACAAGUCCAUCCGCUUCCGUCCCACGCUGGUCUUCAGGGACCACCACGCACACCUGUUCCUCAAUAUUUUCAGCGACAUCUUAGCCGACUUCAAGUAAAGAAGCCAUUUCCUCCACGCUCUGAGGAAGCCCUGAUCUCACCCCUUGUCAAAUCGAUUAGUUUGCCUAAUUCAUGUUUUCACUUAAAGUAUCAGAGGGCACUGACAGAGAAAUGAAAUCUUUUUUAUCUGGAAAGUCCUUUCCAGACUUAUUCACUCCUUACCAAGGGAAGUUACUUCUAAAACUUUUUAAGCCAUUUAUCAGCCAGUCCUCGUUGACUCAGGGCAUAGUGAGUUCCUGAGACGUUCUCUUUUGGAGGUGGAGGUGGAGCUGCGCGAAUUUCAAGGAAAACAUUCUCAGCAGCGCUCAAGAAACUUGCCAGAGGUUGGUGAAAACACAGGGAGCCCGGAGGACAGGGUGCUGGCUCGGGCAGAGCCCACGCAGAAGAACUUCUGUGGCCGACGGUCCGGAAACGAAUCCAUCACACAUUAGUGCCAUAGGGUUUAGUAAAUGUCGCUAGCAAAUCUCAUCACUUUUACAGAAAACAAGGUCCAGUCAUAGCAAAUCUUAGCACAUCCUCACUUUUAUUAUAAAUGGGUGUUUUUUAAAUAGUUUUUACUGACACUCAGUAACCAUGCAAAAUCGUGCACAACAUUAAUAUAAUCUGUAUAUCUAUACCUGUCUAUAUCUAUCUGUAUAUCAGCUCAUGGUAGAAAACCAUAGCUAGGGAGCCUUGCCAACUUACGCGUACAAAGUGAUCUUGUUUACAGUAUUCUGUUGACAGUGCCAAUAAAUGAUAAAGAAAUUAACACGUCACAGUGUAACGGAUGACCAUAUGCACAAUUCCGUGAACUCAGUCUGUUUCCUCUGUUAAUCAGCAUUCUUAAAUUAAAAACAAAAUAUUUAUAAUGGAAACAUCAGAGUAAAUGUGGCCUUUUUGGUUGGAAAUGGUUUUGGUAAGGACUUAUUGCACAAGUUCUUAUGAAGCUCCUAUGAUUAAGCACCUCUUAGGGAUGUCUUGGGGGAAUUCUCUACCUGAGUUAAGUCUGCCUUGGGCUUAGAAGCCUGGUGAGGCCAUUCAGUUCACCAGAGUUCAUCCAAGACAUGCCAUGUAAUGGGGAUGGACAAGGUGUGGUCCUUACCCUCAGCUCACCUUCCAGUGGGGCAACAGUCAUAGCAACCCAGCGUAAGGACCAGGAUACAGGAGGAUAUCGUACAUGAACAAAGGAUAGGCCCAAGUCAGGGUGGAGGUUAGGCCUCUGAGUUUCAACUUGCAAGGUUGAGCGGGAACUGCUCCAGUGACUCAGAGGAGGGGUGGAAGGCAUUCCAGACCAAAAGAACAGCUAGCUGAAGGCACGAAGGCAGGAUGAGGCAGGCAUUUGUACAGCGUUCAGCAUUACUAGAUCACAAAGACAAGGAGAGCAGAAGAGCCUGGAGACCAGGCCAAAGAAACAGGAAGGGCUCGGAUCUGGAGGGCCUUCUGUGCCAGUCUGGGCCGUCCAUGAGCUGAUGGAGCCACCAGAGGUUUGGAGCAGGGCGGUAAUCCAACAUGCAUUCUAGAAAGAAUGUCCUGAUUGUCCACUGUGAACAAUAGAGAGACUGGGUGAUCAGUCGGGAAUCUGUGGCCAUCAAGAUGACCAGGUGGCCCAACCAGGACAGCGAUAAUGGGCUGGAUGGAGAGGGAAGGAAAAGCACAGAAUCCACUACAUCCAGGACAGUGACACUCAACACUAGAUGCACUUUGGAGAUGCCCUAAAGAACUUUGUAAAUGUCCUAAUGCUUAGGCCCCAACCCAAACCAAUUACAUCACAUUCUCUCCGUCACUGGAUUGAGGUGGUAAGCUGAUCACUGAUGGGAAUCAGCCGGGAGGCAGGUGCAGCGUGGGAAGGCACGGAAGAGAUGCUGAGUCAGCACCUGUGGAAAUGAGCUGGCUCUUUGGUCCUCCUGGUGUCCUGACCUAGAACUGGGGGUCGUGGGCUCCUGACUCACUUCUGCACCCAGCUGUCUCAGUGGCCCUCCAUGGCCCUUCUUUUUCUCACCUGGAAAAGGUAUGGUUUGGACCACGUGAUUUCCAAGGUCCCUUCCGGCUGGGACACCAAACAGGUCUGUGAAAUAACUGACUAGGAAAGCAAUAUCUACCAUUAAAUAUGCUUUUAAGAAUAAUCACAUAUAGUGAUAAUAUUUAUCAUUUGUUGAGCAUCUGCUAUGCACAGGCAUAUUCUGCUGGGGCUUUGUAAUGUUCACAACACACCUAUGAGCUAUGUAUGUGUCUGCCUGUUUGUGAGAUGAGAAGCCUGAUGCUCAGCGAGGUUGGGGAACCCGCCCAGCAUCACACAGCCUGGAGGCCAGGAUUUGAGACACACGGGUGUGUGUGAAUGAGCACAUGCAGUGAGCAUGGGGUUGGUUGAGGAUCAACCACUCAGGACUCUUCUCACCACCAGCCUGGCCACUGGCCUGGGAAAGUGAACUUGAACUUGGUCAGCAUUAGUGUGAGCUCCUAAGCGUAUAUCCCUAAGGCAGGUGGGUGGAAGGUGCCAGGACCUUUGUUAAAAACAGUCACUGUUUCCAUUUUCUGUCCUUCUUCCCCCUUCUCCACCCCCCGGGGAGGCAGGACAAUGCAGUAGAAUGACCUAACUCUGCUGCUUUCUAGCUGGGUGACCUUGAGUAAGUCACUUGACCUCUCUGAGCAUCACCUGCAGAGAGUGGUCAUAGUAAAGCAGCUGACACUUAUCGAGGGCUUCCCUGGACCAAGCGCUAUUUUUAAGUGCUUUUCAUGUAGUAAGUCAGCUCCUUCAUCUACCCUCGGUGGGUGCUUUUAUUAUCAUUAAUUCACAGAUGAAGAAACCAAGGCACAGUCAGUGAUUAUAUUACUGGCCCACAGUCACAGCCUGGGAGUGGCAGGGCUGGGGUUCAAGCAGGUAGGAAGCCUUGCUUCCAAGCCACGUGCUUCACCCUACACCUGCGACCUCUCUCUGGUUCUCCAACUCCAACAGCUGCUGGGAGGAUUCAAGAAAAUCACGUAAUCGGGACUUCCCUGGUGGCGCAGUGGUUAAGAAUCCACCUGCCAAUGCAGGGGGCACAGGUUCGAUCUCUGGUCUGGGAAGAUCCCACAUGCCGCGGAGCAACUAAGCCCAUGCACCACAACUACUGAGCCUGUGCUCUAGAGCCCACGUGCUGCAACUACUGAGCCCAUGCACCACAACUACUGAAGCCCGCGUGCCUAGAGCCCGCGCUCCACAAGAGAAGCCACCGUAAUGAGAAGCCCGUGCACUGCAACGAAGAGUAGCCCCCGCUCACUGCAACUAGAGAAAGCCCGCGCACGCAGCAACGAAGACCCAACACAGCCAAAAAAUAAAACAAAAUAAAUAAAAUAAAAAAUCAUGUAAUCAUCUCCUGACUCGUGGUAGGUGCUUAAUACAUGACGGUUCCUUUUGCCACUUGAUCUCUGUGAACCUGGCUCACAUAUAGUUCUAAAGGUUAAACCUACUUCCCAACACGGGGACAAGUCCCGCCAGAUCCCAGAGUAGAUUACAACUGUUAAUCAGUAAAACGGAUGUUUUGUCACUAGAGUUGGUACAAACGUGGCCAGAUGGUAUCGACCCUGCCUGAUUAACCUUCAUCAGGCAUGAUUUUAUAGUUGAAUGAAUGCUGCAGGAUCAAAACAGGGCCGUAAAAGUUGGACUCUGCCCAGGUUUCAAAGGGACCCGGUGGCUUUCCAUCUGGGGACUCACAAGUCCUGAAUUCUUAAAGCAGCCAAGGGCAAGCUCCUAGUUAUUUGGCUAACUGACCCUAGGCUGGCCCACUGCAAGCAGCUAAGCCCAUCAUAUCUGUUCUGGGAAGUGCAUUAAACAUGCUUAUUUAUGAUGGGCUGGGGGUGGGAUAUCUGGGCCUAUGACCAGGUAAGGCUCAGUUCUGGUAACCGGUGUAGGAAGGACAAUGGCUCCCAGCCAUGCACACUGUGAAUGUCCCCAGUUGGAGCAGACCUCACCAUGGUCUGGAGGACUACCUGUCUCAGCUCAGGCUGCUCUAACAGAAUAUCAGAGAUGGGGCAGCAUAAACAGCCAACAUUUAUUUCUCAUGGUUCUGGAGGCUGCAAGUCCAGGGUUGGGUCCUUGGCGACGGUCUCUUACCGCUUGUGUCCUCACAUGGCACUGAUUCCAUUGUGGGGGCCCCACUCUCAUGACCUCAUCUGACUCCAAUCACCUCCCAAAAGCCCCAUCUCCAAACACUAUCACAUGGGGGGCUAUGGUUCAACAUAUGAAUUUUAGGAGGGGAUACAAACAUUCAGUCCCUAGCAACUACCAUGUGAAAAUGGACAUGCUACAGGUUACCCCAUUUCCUGCAUCUAAAUAAAUAAUACACAGUCCAGGGCAGGUGGGGUGCCCAAAGUCCACAUGGUUCUCAGCAGAUGGGAAUGAAAACCAGUCUACAAAAUACAAACACGGUUGUAUCACUAAUGCUUUUAAUCACUGUUUCCUACUGUCCACCCAGCUUCCAAGUCCAGAAUGGAGAUUCAUGGUUGAGAAACUUUUCUCUUUACCUCGAGAGCUGGCAGGAGGGGGAAAGGAUGGCAAAAGAGAUUGUGUUUAUUACAGCAUUUUACUUCAUUUGUUAAGAUGGAAGACAUGCUCGUUACGGAAACUUUAAACAAUACUAGAAGGCCACAAAGUUCAAAGUAGAAGUUUUCCCUCUAUCUCAUCCACCUGAAUCUUCUCCCCAGAAUUAACCACUGUGAAAAAUUUGGAAUGUGUUUUUGAAAAUCACAAAUAGGAUCAUACAGAACUAUAGUGUUCUCUGAUUUGCUUUUUCCACCUAACACUACCCCAUGAUUAUCCUGUCACAUCAGCAGAUAUGGUUCAACCUCACUCUUUUUAAGGGCGUGUAAUAUUCCAUAGCUUAUUUAACUGUGUUGCCUACUAAUGGCAACUUAGUUUACUUCCUGUUGUUGUUGUGUGUUUGUUUCACUAUUAGAAACAUUCAGUGAACAUCCUCAUACACAUGCUUGGGUACGUCUAUCAGAUGAUUCUUUUGGAAUUGUUUUCAAAGGGGGAAAUCACCAAUAUAACCACACACCACCUGAAUCUAAAGACCGUUUCCAUUUUCUGAGAAGCUGCUUGACCAUCAGAGAGGCACCGCUCUUGGGAAGGCUCAAUCCCACACAAUGAUUCUCAAAACCUGGGGUGCCUUGGAAUUACCUGGGAAGCAUCAAAAUACAGAUGCCCAGCUGCUGCCCAACCAGAAUCUGCAGGGUUGAGCGCAGGCGGGUUUUGCUGUUUUUGUUGUUGCUGAUCUGGAGCAUGGGAACUGGGUACGACUGCCCUGCUGGUGCACUGCAGAAACCCUAAGCUGCUUCCCUUGUCACAUGUAAUUUUAGCUUGGAAAUAAAGGGAUAGAAGAAUGCAUUUGCUCUGUGUGCCCUCUGCUGGUACUGCGUGAGCAAACCACACAUCUGAGUGGAGGCUCUUCUGUGCCAGAGCGGUGAGAAUCGGGGCCGUCACCUCCCACUGAGCUGACACUUCCGGGCAGUGAUUGUCAAAUCAGGCUACGCAUGAGAAUCCCCUCUAGGGAAACUGGUCAUGGGCCUGGGCAACAGUAUUUUUUAAGGUGUCCAGGUGAUUCUACACACGGAGCCCAGGCGGAGAACCUAUUCUGUAGGACAAAAAAAAAAAAAAAAAUUGGCCCAGGGACACAGACAUGUGUCAUUCUGGUGUUGUCCACCCUGGUCAUCUAUUUCAGAAAUUCCCAGCAUGGCUGCAUAGCAGAAUUAGCCUCAAGCUUGACAAAAAGACAGAUUCUGGGGAUCCACCCCAGACAUAAUCAGAAUCUCCAGGGGGUGAAGCUCACUCAGGUAAGUGCUUACAGGUAGCCCAACAGGCCUAUUUGAGUUAAUUUUUGGUUUUAAUAAGUCAAGGUCAGAUCAUUAAUCCCUCUUAAGACAUUUUAUAGGCACAGACUGUGUCUUUGGGAGAAGAGGUUCACAGGAAUUGAAGUCACUGACAAGCAGGUGAGGGAAAGGUAGGGAAGGGAACCAGCAGCUCUACAGAUAAUUAUAUAAUCGAGUCUUCUAUAUAAUUGAAUCCUCAGUACAACUUCUUGAGGAUAAAUAGUAACACCGCUGUUAUACAGAGAGAGAAACUGGAGAGAGACAGAUAGACACUUCUAUGUAGAUACCUAGGGAGAAAGACUUUUAGGCAGAGGAACUGUCAGUGCAAAGGCCCUGAGGCUGUGGGGUCCUUGAUUAUUGGAGGAAGAGCAAGGGAAAUAUAGCUAACUGAAGUGGUCAGUGCAGAGUUGUGGAUGAGGGAAGAAAGCUGGGGGUAGGGGCGGGGCCAGGCCAUGCUGGGCCCUGUAGGUCACAGUAAGGACUUCAGCUUCUACAGCAGUGAUGUGAUUCUCUUUUUUAAACGGAUCACUUUGGCAGGACUUCCCUGGUGGUCCAGUGGUUAGGACUCCGUGCUUCCACUGUAGGGGGCAUGGGUUCGAUCCCUGAUCAGGGAACUAAGAUCCCGCAAGCCACAAGGUGCGGCAGAAAGGAAGGAAGGAAGGAAGGAAGGAGGGAAGAUAGAAAGGAAGGAUCACUUUGGCUGCUGCGAGAACAGACUCUAGAAGGGCAAGGAUGGAAGCAGCAGGUUGCAAUAAUCCAGAGGCUAUGAGGGCAGCUUGGAUCAAAAUGGCAGGGCUGGAGCAGGUGAGAGCAGUCAGGUUCUGGUUGUACUUUCAGAGUAAAGUUGGUAUAAAAUUAAGUCAGUGGAACCACAUGCCAUUUACCCUAAGAGCCGGCACUUCUGAGUGGGUCUGCGGCUCUCCGGGAACCCCCAGGCCCACAACCGGGCUCUGGGUCACGCCGUCCAUGGCAUGCACAACCCCUCUAUCUAGAGACCCUGCAGAUAUACCCCAGCUGACAAUGGGAGCCCAGCAUUCCCAAACAUCUGAGGGACAUAGUCACACACUCCCCAGACCAUGGCCUUCGACUGGCUGGAAUUAACACGCGAUGGGAAUUUAACAGAGGCAACGACAAAUCCAUAAUAAGUCUAUGCCCUUUCAUUUGCACCUUUAAUUAAAAACAAAUACAAAUUAAAAGCUGUUUCCUCUUGAUCUUAAGAGCUCCCAAGCUUUCUUUUUUUUUUUUUCCCCAAGCUUUCUUUUACUGACCUUCAAAGGCUCCCCACAGUGACUUAGAUCAAAUUCAGGGUCCUCCCCUUACCAAAGGCACCCACCCCACUCCUGUCCAGGGCAGAAACGCACGCUUGUGUCCCCUCAGCCUGAACAAGCGGUGCUCACGUCCAUCUCCUCCUCACGCCUGGGGUCCCCUUCAAAGUCCCGGCCCCAGGCCAUCUGGGCCCUUCUCCCAACCUCACCCCCUCCUGCUCUUCUGCCUCAGGCCACCCCACUCUUCUCUUUCCUUGCACUUUUCCCCAUUUCUUUUUUAAAAUAUUUAUUUAUUUAUUUAUUCAUUUAUUGGCCGUGUCGGGUCUUGGUUGUGGCAUGCGGGAUCUUUUGUUGCGGUGCGCGGGCUUAGUUGCCCCGUGGCGUGUGGGAUCUUACCACCCUGUCCAGGGAUCAAACCCGUGUCCCCUGCACUGGCAGGCGGAUUCUUAACCACGGGACCACCAGGGAAGUCCCUCCCCAUUUCUAAUUACACACAUGCACUUAGCAUCCGCCCUCCCUCCCCACCAAGAUGCUGUCAGUCCAAAGGCCAAAAUCCUCCCCUUUUAUGAACCGUGGUGCCUUCAGCACACAGCAGAAGAGGUUUGGGAUGACUGGCUGAUUUGGAAGCCUGCAGGAACAAACUGUCUUGAAUUAUACAUGCUUUACUUGCUUCUGUGAAAUGCAAUAAAUUAACUAAGAAGAUCUAACAACUUCUUUCACGUUAUCACGAUUAUAAAGUCACUUUUCUCAAAAUGCCAUUUGCAGCCUACACAGAGGAAAGAUAUCUCUCCA